AUGUCUUUCGGCAAGAUUUACGGCCAAGCUGCCAACCCCCGCACCAUCGCUACUCGGGUGGCAGCCAAGGCCAACGACCUGGAUAUCGAGUUUGUUGACUUCGAGGUUCCUGCCAAUGCCGAAUUCAAGGCCUCUGCCGAGUACCGCAAGCUGAACCCCCAGGGAAAGUUCCCUACUUUUGUUGGCGCCAAUGGAUUCGUCUUGACUGAGGCCAUCGCCAUCGCUAUUUACCUCACCUCCCAAAACGAGAAGACCACCCUCUUGGGCAAGACCAAGCAGGACUACGCUUCCAUCCUUCGCUGGAUGUCCUUUGCCAACUCCGAGAUCAUUCCCCGCUUCGGUCCAUGGUAUCGCCCUCUUCUUGGUCUCGAACCAUACAACAAGAAGGCUGUUGAUGAGGCCGCCAAGGUCGCUCUGGCCACUGUAGCUGUUUUUGAGACCCACCUUGCUACUCGCACAUACCUCGUUGGUGAGCGCCUGACUCUUGCCGACAUCUUCGCUGCCACUCUUCUCUCCCGCGCUUUCGCCACUGUUCUUGACAAGGAAUGGCGCUCUAGCAACGUAGCUGUUACUCGUUGGUACACCACAGUUGUUAACCAGCCCAUCUAUAAGGCUGUCGUUGAGAACCCCGUUUUCGUCCAGGAAGCCAUCAAAUAUACUCCCCCUAAGAAGGAGGAGAAGCCGAAGAAGGCCGCUCCCAAGGCCGCUCCCGAGGCCGAGGAUGACGGUGAGGAGGCCAAGCCUGCUCCCAAACCCAAGCACCCUCUCGAGGCUCUUGGAAAGCCCACUCUUGUCUUGGACGAGUGGAAACGCCAGUACUCUAAUGAAGAUACCCGCCCUGUUGCUCUUCCUUGGUUCUGGAAAAACUACAAGCCUGAUGAGUACUCCCUGUGGCUCGUCGACUACAAAUACAACAACGAGCUUAAGCUCACUUUCAUGGCCAACAACUUGAUUGGUGGUUUCUUUGCUCGUCUUGAGGCUUCCCGCAAAUUCCUUUUCGGUGCUGCUUCCGUGUAUGGAGAGAACUACAACUGCCUGAUCCGCGGUGUCUUCUUGGUCCGUGGCCAAGAGCACAUCCCUGCUUUCGACGUCGCUCCUGACUGGGAGAGCUACGAGUUCAAGAAGCUCGAUCACACCAACGAGGCUGACCGCAAGCUGGUCGAGGAUCUCUGGGCCUGGGACGUUCCUGUCGUCCGUGACGGCAAGGAGAACGCCUGGGUCGAUGGUCACGUUUUCAAAUAA